AUGUCUAAUAUUAAGGAAAAGCCAUGCAAUCGACCCCAAAGACAACUAGUAUCAAUAAAGGUGCAUUUUACUUUAUCUACUGAUGUACCACGAGACGUUCCUUGUGGAUUUUUUGAAGCUUUAAAUAGAAAAUACAAUGAUCAAAGCGAUCUCGUCCAGUCAAUAAAUUUGACACAUUCAAAGAAAAUUGAUUUUGUCGGUUUUGAGCAAGUCCGUGAAAUUCAACGUUCCCUUCAGUCACUUAAACUUAUCGUUUUGGAAGAUGAAAAGAUCAACCGAUUUGAAGAGGAAUAUCAGCUGGAUACAACUGUUCAGGCUGUGGAAGACUUGAGCCUUACCGGAAAUUUGUUUGAUUCUAUUUUUCACAUUUUAUAUUCACUUGAACCUUUGGAAAAUUUAAUCCAUCUGAACCUAGAUUGUAAUUACUUCACUGAUUACAGUCGGCAAUUGAGACUUCCGGUGCUCUCUCGAUUGAAAUCAUUAAGUCUUAAUGCAACGCGUGUACCAUAUGAAUUUCUUAUAGAGCUAAGCAACAUUUUCCCGUCUCUUGAACAUCUUGGUUUGGAGUAUAAUCGGUUAGAAAUCCCAAGUGAUCCUGGUCUCUUUGGACACGCAAAGUUAAAAACGCUAAGUCUUGCUAACAAUCCUGGACUGCUAUUUUCUAGACUUGACUUUUCCAAGUUAACAUCUCUCGAAACACUCAAUCUUUCGUCCAUUAGUAUAGAUGCGUUAGAUGAACGAACGCUACGGACGCUUAAAAAUUUGAAGAACUUGGAUCUGUCAAACAAUAUGAUUCAGUCGUGGUCAAUGGUGGACUCUUUACGGAAACUAACUUGUUUGGAACGACUUCGUAUUCGUCUUGAUUUUUUGCAUAAGGAUACAGUAACAGCUCGGCUGUAUCUGAUCGCCAGGAUUCCUCAACUAAUAUACUUAAACAAUGUUCGUAUCAGCAAUAAUGAACGUCAAGAUGCGGAGCUUUAUUUCGCUAACUAUAUACGACGUAUAAUACAUUCGGGUGCCAUCAGCAAUGAAGAAGAAUUGACAUUACGAGAACCACAUUGGAGAUAUAUAUGGAGAAAGCAUGAACUUGAAGAGCUGAAGCUCGGCGAACGGUUGUCUGAAAGAGUACCUGGUCGUCUGGCUGAUAAUGUUGUCCGCAAUGUGCGAAUAACGUGUAGCAACUAUCCCGAAAAAGUUAAGUAUCUACUACUACACAUGAAUUGGACUGUACUCAACACAAAGGCCUUGUUGGCAGCGCAUUUUCAUGUUAUGGCUAGGCGUUAUGUGAUUGCUUGUACAUUCUCAAAUUCCAUAGAACAAAUUUGGGAGGAUGAAGACAAAAAGCUAUCUGAGUACACUUCAGAUUACCCGGUUGAGCUCUGUUUACGGAUGACUGUUCCAAAUUAG